UUCGUGAAAUAAUGUUCCUACCAAGCUACAUACGUCAUUUCCGGAAACAGCUGUCAAAGACCCAAAAUAGAAAACAAAUAUAGUCAAUAAAGAAAUCGACAAACAUCCGCAAAAAUGACAUCAGUCCCAGCAAAGAUAGUGCUGAAGAGCACAACUAAAGUCACCCUAAGUGAUAGAUUCACCCAGAUUCAGAAGAUGCGGCCGCCACCACCAUCACCACAGGAAGUACGCGCCCAGAUGGCGGCAUCCCAGCAUUCAACACAACAGAAUCGAAGACUUGCCCAACAGAUGGCAAACAGACCAGCCGUGCAGGCCGCUCUCGGACAGAGGGGUGGUCCCAAACAUCCACAGCAACAAGUGGAGUUCCAACAGAAGACAUUGAAGCAGCGUUUAGGCCCUUCCAAUGUUAAAGCUCGAUUGACGCUCGGCCAGCAGGCGUACAGGGGGCGUGGUCGAGGCGGACGAAGAGGAGGGUACAGGGGGCGGGGCCAGUCGAAUGGAUAUGUUACGAGUGGUAAUGUCUUCUUUAAUAGUCGAGGUGGUAUGAGAGGGCAGGGGUUCGGAGGCCGCGGUCGUGGGGGAUUUUCUCCAAGAUGGAUUGAUGACUACCGGCCUAGAGGUCGUGGUGGCUUUUCUCGUCAGGGAGACAACCGAACAUUCCGUGGAGGCAGAGGUCGUGGGGGAACCAGAGGAGGCGGUGAUCGUGGAGGAUUUGGGCGUGGCCAGCGUGGAGGUGGGCGUGGAAUGGGACGGGGCAGAGGAGGAAGGGGGCGUGGUGCCAGGGGAGGGGGACAAGCCUCUCGGGAACAACUGGAUAACCAAUUAGAAGAGUACAUGUCCAAAACGAAGAAUCACCUUGAUAUGGACUUGGAUCAAUAUAUGGCCGAAGCCAAUUCUUGAAUUAUCAUGUUCGAUGGUUGAAGGAUAUUGAAUAAUUUUUAUCAGUACAGACUUUUGUUAAAAGUUGAACUUAGAUAUACUCUUAUAAGACUUGAACAUACAGUUUAACCACAAUGACCACAAGAUGCACUUGUAAUUUGUGAAGUUAACUUAACAUGUUUUAUUGGUCUUUCCUGCCACCUUAACAAUUCAAAAUUGUUAAUUGUUAAAGAGCAUUUGUUCUGAAAUAAUGAUGAAAGUGCUUCUUACAACAUGGCAGCUACAUCUAUGUUGUGGUCUUAUUUGGUUAUUUGGAACAAAGUGCUUCAGUGUCAACCUAACAUUGUAUUUACAACUGGUUUCACCAGGUUAUUGUAUUGUUGCUUUAAGUAUUCUAAACCAAAAUGUUAAUGAAAUAAUGAAAUCCAACUGCUUGAUAUGAACUUAUGUUGGAAAGGAUGUAUCCUUGUUAAUAUUCACAGAAUAUUGAAAUGUGUGCAAAGAAUUUUCAUUUUUGUAUAUAUAUAAAUAUAUAACCCACCCUUUGUAAAUAAUUUUUAUUUAUCGUACAUGAAUACACAUUGAUCAAAGAACAUUCUUGUAAAUGAAAAGAUGGACAAAAGAUGUGGGUGUAAGAUAUUAUGCAUAAUUAAAUUAUCGGUUAACAUGGUUGUUUAUUUGUAUCUUUUUUGUUACAAACGAAAUCUCAUUAUCCAUAAAUCAUUUUUAUCCAUGUACAUUAUAUCAUUUGCUUUUAUACUGUGUGUAUGUUCAUUUAUGUUUUUGUAAUGAGUGGUAAUUUAUCAUGGUGUUUUCAUCUUAAAGAUUAGUGUAUACCAUUUAUGAAAUAAAAUUAUGAAACAG